AUGGCAAAGAGAGGAGCUCAGCUGGAUGCAGAAAAGUUCUCUUGUUCCAUCUGUCUGGAUCUCCUGAAGGAUCCAGUGACGGUUCCCUGUGGACACAGCUACUGCAGCAGCUGUAUUAACAGACACUGGGAUGAACAGGGCAACAGGGGAUUCUACAGCUGUCCUCAGUGCAGGAAGAGGUUCAGGCCAAGGCCAAAAGUGAAGAAAAACAUCCUGUUGGCAGAGUUAGUGGAGGAUGUAAAGAAAACUGAACUCCAAGCUGCUGCAGCUGAUCUCUGCUCUGCUGGACCUGAAGAUGUGUCCUGUGAUGUUUGCUCUGGGAGGAAGCUGAAAGCCGUCAAGUCCUGUCUGGUCUGUUUGGUCUCCUACUGUGAGGAACACCUCCAAACUCACUAUCAGUCUGCUGCUUUUAAGAAACACCAGCUGGUGGAGCCCUCCAAGAAGCUCCAGGAGAGGAUCUGCUCUCUUCACGAUGAGGUGAUGAAGAUUUUCUGUCGCACUGAUCAGCAGAGUAUCUGUUACCUCUGUCUGAUGGAGAAACACAGAGGACAUGAAACAGUCCCAGCUGCAGCAGAGAGGAGGCAGAAGCAGAAGGAGCUGGAGGAGAGUCGACUAAACGUCCAUGAAAGAAUCCAGGAGCGAGCAAAAGUUGUGAAUCGACUUCAACAGCAGAUUGACGCCAUCAAUGUCUCUGCUGAUGAAGCAGUGAAGAACAGCGUGGAGAGCUUCACCCAGAUGAUCCGUCUCAUCCAGAAGAGUAGUGGUGAGGUGACGCAGCUGCUCAGAUCCCAGCAGCAAACUGCAGUGAAUGAACUCAAACAGCUUCAGGAGAAUCUGCGGCAGCAGAUGGCUAAGCUGAUAUGGAAAGACGUCCAGCUGGAGCAGCUGGCUCACACAGAGGACCACACCCAGUUUCUGCUCUGCUACCCCUCAGUGUCAGCACUCAGUGAGCCCACACACUCCUCCAGCAUCCAGACUUCUCCUCUCAGAUACUUUGAGGAUGUGGCAGCAGCUGUGUCAGAGAGCAGAGACAAACUACAGGACAUCCUCGGAAAGACUGAAGAGGAGCUGCUGCUGCUACGCCCACAGCCAGAGAGCAGGGCAGCCUUCUUACAAUACUCACAGCAGAUCACACUGGAUCCAAACUCAGUAAACAAAUAUCUGUUAUUAUCAAACAGAAGCAAAAAACAGCACAGAAACUCCCGUCUCAGGUCCUCGGUCCUCCAGAGUGGGAGUGUACCUGGAUCAAAGAGCAGGUGUUCUGUCUUUCUACAGCGUCUCUGGAACCAUGACUCUCCUCCACAGAGUCCAGACCACCUUCACUCAGCCGCUGCAUGCUGGAGUUUGGCUUUAUCCUGGUGA